UUAUGGUGAAAUACAAUAAUUUUCAUUCCAAAAUAUCAAAAUUAACCUGAUUCGCAUCAUUUGAUUAUCCUCAUCUGUUCAUUCACUUACAACUUUAACUUUUUCCUUUAUUGAUCUUUUGAAUAUAAAUCCUCCUCUAUAUAAAUCAUAGAGUCGAGUCUUUUCAAGACAUUGAUUUUAAGUUUCUGUAAGGUGAUCUUUUGUUCUAGCGUCACAUAAUGGACAAGGCAAUCAAUUCGAAAAAAAGGGCACCAACACCGACUAUAACGUCAACUCAACCGUGGAGAAAUGCUGCAAGCACAAAUGUUGAAACAUCAAAGAAGACAAAAAGCGAGAAGCUGCCAGCUGGAUACACAGGAACACUGGAGGAAAAAUUGAAGGUUGAAAAGUUUUUUGCUGAUGCUCGGAAUAAUCUCAUGAACCCUAAUAAGAAUGGGAAAAAAUUCGAGCUUGAAAAGUUUUAUGCUACUGCUUGGAAUAACUUCAUGAACUCUGAUAAGAAUGAGGAAACAAAUCAAGAGACCAUUGAUAAGAAUGGUAAAAAAGAAGAGUAAUCUCAUACUGAGUCCUAGUUUUAUGCUCAUUGCAACCCUAUGUUUUGAAGAUCUUUUACCAUCAAGAACUUGUUCUAAAUGUUGGUUUAUUAUUUAAGUAUUAAGAACUUAUGUUUUUGUUUUUCUCUUUUCCUUUUAUUAAGAUUGUGAUCAAUAAUCAAGGUUAUGUUUACCUUGUAUCUAUUGGUAUGAAAUUCUUCUAUGACUUUAUAGAAGUCAAUUUCCAUCAAAGCAUCAAAUAUAUGCAGCA